GUAUGUGUGCGGGGCGGCUCCAGUUUCAAACACAGCGCCCAUCUUUAACACAACUCAACCGGACAGACUGCGUCCCGUGUCGAAUUCCCGCCGCUCAUGGCUGGGCAGUAUGAUGUUACACUACAGCUGAAGUCAAAAUGAUGAGCCCUCCUGUGUAAAUGUGUUGAUUUCAGACAUGACGUGAAGUCCUGCUAAUGAGGAGAGACCAACGAAGCACAAGAUGAUCGAAACGAUGGAUACCCAGCGGUGCCUGCAGGCAGUGGAGAGGCUACAGUCUCGCUUGAAGGAGAAGGGAGCAGAUGUUCCUGCGGAGGAGAAGCUGAAUCUCCUGAAAGCCGUCCUGCAGAGUCCUCUGUUCCUCCAGAUCCUCAGCCUGCAGAAAUCAGUGCAGCAUCUCAAGGAGCACACGCCGUGUGUUAGCUCCGAUCUGAAGAGCAGCAAUGAAGGGUUCUCAGCUCAGCUCAAUGGACAGCCUUCACCUGAAGAGUACAAUCACAUCAUCCGCUCCAUGGCCCAGGGUCGGUACGUGACUCAAAUUGACCUACUGAAACCGGUAUCAGGCGGUUUGGGCUUCAGUGUUGUUGGACUGUGCAGUGAAAAUCGCGGAGAACUUGGCAUCUUCAUUCAGGAGAUUCAGCCUGGAAGUGUGGCAUACAGUGAUGGGAAACUGAAGGAGGGCGAUCAGAUACUGGCGAUUAAUGGUCAUCCACUGGAUCAGAGCGUCAGUCACCAGCAGGCCAUCGCUCUCCUCCAGCGGGCAUCGGAGAGGGUCACCCUGAGCGUGGCCCGCGGGCCAGUACCGCAGCUCUCCAGCCCCGUGGUGUCCAGAACACCCAGCGCCGCCAGCACACUGUCUGCACACUCCAGCGCGACCCACUGGACUCAUGUGGAGACCAUUGAGCUGGUCAAUGAUGGAACCGGACUGGGUUUUGGGAUUGUUGGUGGUAAAACCACUGGAGUUAUUGUGAAAACCAUCCUACCUGGAGGCAUCGCUGAUCAGGAUGGGCGUUUGCGAAGCGGCGAUCACGUCCUGCGCAUUGGGGAUACGGAUCUGUUGGGUCUGAGCAGUGAACAGGUCGCUCACGUCCUCAAACAAUGUGGAAACAGAGUCCGAUUGCUGAUCAGCCGCGGGAUGGCAGACGACGUUUCGGCCGCUCCUGUUUCCCUGCCCACCGUCAAUGAGCAACAGGGUUUUGAGGAAGAGGAGCAGGACGCUUUCGAUGUGAGCUUGACGAAGAAUGCUCAGGGUUUGGGCAUCACCAUUGCUGGAUAUGUAGGAGACAAAACCUCAGAGCCCUCUGGGAUAUUCGUGAAGAGCAUUUCGAGGGACAGCGCCGUGGAGCAGGACGGACGGGUUCAUGUUGGAGAUCAGAUCAUAGCUGUGGACGGUGUGAACAUCCAGGGUUACACUAACCAGCAGGCUGUGGAGGUUUUGAGACACACUGGUCAAACUGUAAACCUGCAACUGGUGCGCCGCGGCUUUAAGCCAGAGGACGCCUGUCCGUCAAUCAUUCCUGUCGCUGUGGAGACAGAUCCCGCCCACAGCUCAUCCAGAAACUCGACAAUGGAGCGCAUGAACGCAAAACAUGAAGAGCGAGUGUUUCUCCCUCCUGAGGAAAACUCCAGAGUUCAGUCCUCCUCCAUCAGAGCUCCAGAAAGUGUUGCGGGUCCUGUGAAGCUGAGCGCUCAGGAGGAACUCGCACUUCAGCAGAGAUGGCAGAAUCAGCUCGGCGUCUGCUCUCAAGUCAUCGUGGCUCAGGUGGAGAAGUUCAGUGAGAGCAGUGGUUUAGGGAUCAGUCUGGACGUUUGUGCCGGACAUCAUUACCUGCGCUCCGUGCUUCCAGAGGGACCCGUCGGCCGAUCCGGAAAAAUCUGCAGUGGAGACGAACUGCUGGAGGUGAAUGGUGUUCCCCUCAGAGGAGAGACUCAUAAAGAGGUUGUUGACAUUCUGAAAGAACUUCCUGUUUGUGUGACCAUGGUCUGCUGUAGACCCGCCUCUCUGGUGACUGACAGCCAGACUGACCAACCACAGCUCGAGGACACGCCCUCAAAUGCCAUACCUCAGGUGCCGCUGGAGUUCGAGGAUGUGAUGGUGUGUGGUGAAUUAGCAGACGGUUUGAAGGGUCAUGUGACUGAAGAGCCCAGCGGGACGCCGUUAGCCAUGUGGGAGACAGAGAUCCAGGACAUCCAGCUGGAGAAAGGAGAGAGCGGCCUGGGAUUCAGCAUUCUGGAUUAUCAGGACCCGCUGGACCCUCUAAAGACAGUGAUAGUGAUCCGCUCAUUGGUUCCGGAUGGCGUGGCAGAGCGGGACGGUCGUCUGCUACCCGGAGACCGUCUGAUGUUCGUCAACAGCAUCGACCUGCAGAGCGGCAGUCUGGAGGAGGCAGUGCAGGCACUGAAGGGGGCACCCAUGGGCAGCGUCCGCAUCGGAGUGGCCAAACCCCUGCCUGCGGAGGAUGAGGAUGGCUCUUCCUCCAUGCUCUCGGCUCUGCUGCUGACGGAGAUCUGUCAUGAUGAUGAUGAUGGUGGUGAAGUUGUUUUCCGCGCUGAGCCUGCAGUGAUCGACUCCAGUGAUUUAGAUCUGUCUGAUGAGAAAGCGUUUGAGCGCCACUUUCUGGAGGAGGAAGAGGAAAAUCAGCAGUCGAUGAUCGCUGAACACGGCAGUUUCUGCAGCGCUGAUCUGACCUAUCAGACAAACAGACACACCUCCACACUGCAGGAAGAGGAUUUUCUUCCAGAUCAGACAGCGGAUGAGAGCCAGCAGAUAAACGGCACCGCGGGCUUCCAGAGGACCAUCACUGUGGUCAAGGGCAAUGCCAGCCUGGGAAUGACGGUGUGCGCGCUGAAGGACGGUCCAGGGAUGUUGAUCCGCAGCAUCAUUCACGGCGGCUCCAUCAGUCGGGACGGCCGGCUGCGGGUCGGGGAUCUGAUUCUAGCCAUUAAUGGAGAGCUGACGGGGAAUCUGACCAAUGCACAGGCCAGAGCCAUGCUGCGCAGACACUCUCUGAUCGCAUCGGACAUGGGAUCCACAGGUGCAGCAGGUGAAGAGCUCAGCCUCAUCUCUGUGAUCACGUAUGUUCCUGCAGAAUAUUUAGAGGAAUACCGAGCAAGCGUGCAGCCCCAGAGUGACGAUAUCUCUGAUGGAAAAAGCGGCUCUCAACUUCAGACACUGUCAGAUCUUCCAGAGAGAGAGGAUGGAGAAGGACAGGAGAGCGAACGACAAGCCAACAACUGGAAUCUGCCUCGCAGAGUUGAGCUGCUCAAGGAAGCUGGGAAAUCUCUGGGCAUCAGUAUUGUUGGUGGGCGGGGCAUGGGCUGUCGCCUUAGCAACGGGGAAGUGAUGCGGGGCAUCUUCAUUAAACACAUCUUGGAGGACAGUCCUGCAGGACGCAACGGCACUCUAAAGACUGGAGACAGGAUUGUAGAGGUGGGAGGAGUGGACCUGCGUGAUGCCAGUCAUGAGCAGGCGGUGGAGGCCAUCCGUAACGCUGCAAACCCGGUGGUGUUCCUGGUCCAGAGCAUCAUUCAGAAAGACAGACCUGACUCUCAGUAUAGUGUCGACUCUCCUCCUGUAAUAGAGAAGUGUGGUCCUGCUUUAAAAUGCUUCUAUGUGCCGAAGUGUCAGACAUCGGUUCUGGAUCCAGUGGAGGAGAUUUCAGCGUUCAGCUCAAACAACGGCAGUGAGAAGCUGAAUCGUGACGAGUGUAAAGUCUCGGCUCUGUCUCUACCGGUGGUUCCUCAUGUUGGAGAAACAGACUCGGACACGCUGACGGAGAUUCCUGACCGACUGGACCUUCAUCACAACGCUCCUGAUGAGGAAGAGGAGGAUGAGUACGGAUACAGCUGGAAGAAGGUCAGCGAGCGCUAUGGUCGUCUGCCGGGUGAGCUCCACAUCCUCCAGCUCGAGAAAGGUCGUGCGGGUUUGGGUUUGAGUCUGGCUGGCAACCGCGAUCGUUCUCGAAUGAGUGUGUUUGUGGUCGGCAUUGAUCCCAGCGGUGCGGCCGGACAAGAUGGACACAUCCUGGUGGGAGAUGAGCUGCUGGAGAUUAACGGUCAGGUUCUGUACGGUCGCAGUCAUCAGAACGCCUCCGCCAUCAUUAAAAGCGCCCCUUCAAAGGUCAAGAUCAUCUUCAUCCGGAAUGGAGAUGCUCUGAGUCAGAUGGCUGUCGGCCCAAUGAAAGACACAGACUCGCCUGACACACACAUAGAGGCAGAGUCUGUCAGUUCAACACUGGACCUGAUCCAGCACAUCAGUCUGCCGGUGGAGGAUGGAGGAGUCGGGAUGGAGGAGGACAGCAGGAGCGGAUGCAGCAUACACAGUGUCGAGGAGAACGGAGCCGCUGGAUGGAAAGAACCUCAGAGCUCAUUCAGUCUCACCAUCUGCGCUGACUCCGCCCCCCAGCCCUCCUCAUCCAGUCAGAUGCCGUCAGGAGAAUCAGAGCCAGCACUCAACCAGCUGUCGCUCCCACUGACAUCAUCAGAACCAGAGCCAAUCAGGAACUCCAGCAGAUGCUCCACACCGGCAACACUGGCGUCUGAUCCGACCACAUGUCCCAUCAUCCCCGGCUGCGAGACCACCAUAGAGAUCUGCAAGGGCAGAACGGGACUGGGUCUGAGUAUAGUUGGUGGCUGCGAUACUUUACUGGGCGCUAUAAUCAUUCAUGAAGUGUACGAGGAAGGAGCUGCGUCUAAAGAUGGCCGACUGUGGGCAGGAGAUCAGAUUCUGGAGGUGAAUGGCAUAGACCUGCGUGUGGCGACUCAUGAUGAAGCCAUAAAUGUCCUCCGUCAGACUCCGCAGCGCGUGCGGCUCUCCGUCUUCAGAGACGAGGCUCAGUAUAAAGAGGAAGAGCUGUGGGACUCGCUGAGCGUCGAGCUGCAGAAGAAGCCCGGACAGGGACUCGGACUCAGCAUCAUCGGCCGAAGGAGCGACACCGGUGUGUUUGUGUCUGAUAUAGUGAAGGGUGGAGUGGUGGAGCAGGACGGUCGGCUCCUGCAGGGAGAUCAGAUCCUCUCAGUCAAUGGAGAAGAUGUUCGUUCGGCCACGCAGGAGUCUGUGGCGUCUCUGCUGAAGAGUUCUGCUGGUCCAAUCCGAUUGGAGAUCGGACGCUUUAAGGCGGGGCCUUUUCACUCGGAGCGCCGUCUGUCUCAGAGCAGUCAGAUGAGUGAUACAGGCAGUGGUAAAGUCCCUCUUCACUCCGACUCUGCAGCUUCGCCAGGAGAAACAGACAAAACUCACGAAUUGCUGGAUAAAGACGUCCGGACGGUCGAGUUCACAAAGGCUCCGUCAGACUCUCUGGGCAUCAGUAUAGCUGGUGGUGUUGGCAGUCCUCUGGGUGAUGUGCCCAUCUUCAUCGCCAUGAUGAACCCCAGCGGCCUCGCAGCGCACACACACAAACUCUGGAUUGGAGACAGGAUUGUGUCCAUCUGUGGAAACUCAACAGAAGGAAUGAGUCACAAUAAAGCUGUUUCACUGCUGAAGAACACAACUGGCCUUAUACAACUACAGGUUGUUGCUGGAGAUACAUCAGUGACGGGACCUUCAGCAGAGCAGACAGCAGGACUCACAGCCAGCAGCAUCUUCCAUGAUGACCUGGGUCCUCCGCAGUGUAAGAGCAUCAGUCUGGAGCGCGGGCCUGAUGGACUGGGCUUCAGUAUUGUUGGAGGAUUCGGCAGCCCUCACGGAGACCUUCCCAUCUACAUCAAAACCGUCUUCAGCAAGGGAGCGGCAUCAGAGGACGGGCGUCUGAAGCGGGGAGAUCAGAUCAUCGCUGUGAACAGUCAGAGUCUGGAGGGAGUCACUCAUGAAGAGGCCGUUUCUAUUCUGAAGAAGACCAAAGGCACCGUCACACUCACUGUGCUCUCAUAAACACACACACAUCUGUAGUGUUGAUUUAAACACUGGAUUACACACAAGGAAUCUGUAGUGUUGAUUUAAACACUGGAUUACACACAAGGAAUCUGUAGUGUUGAUUUAAACACUGGAUUACACACAAGGAAUGAAUGGUGAGGCUGAUACUGUUGUUUACUGCUAGUUUGCGGAUGAUCAAGACAUGCUUCUGUGCGUUAAAUUGCUGGAAAUGCUC